UUGACACGGAUGUUGCUAAAUUAAACAUAACUAAACAUAAGACCGGAGUUAGAAGCAGUUGUGUGUCUGUUUGAUUAAAUAUUAGUUUAAAUUAAAGUUACUAAAAACCUUUACUGUGUUUUAACUCUUCCGGUUAGCUUAGCCGUUAGCUUAACUUCCUCACCGGGAAGAAGAAGAAGCAGCAGCUGGUUGUUUGAGUCCAACAUGGAGGACAUGUACAUUAAACCAGAAAUCGGUGGGGACAUGUCCCCAGGGUCCUCAAUGUGAAUGACACCUGUGGUUGUUACGGCGUUUAUUUCAUCUUCUGAACUCCUCUAACUCCGCUCCAGACUGUCGGCCCCGACCGAUCGCUGCCUUCCAUCAUAUCAGUCCAACACUCCUGCAGCAGCAGCAGCCGCCGGCUGCUCCCAUCAGAUCAUCUGGAUCUGCAGCUUUCAGCGACCUGUUUAGUUUUAUUGUCGACUGUUUGGACCAAACACUCAGGAAGGAUCAGCCCGUUUAAUUCUCUCCAUAAUAAAAUCAGAAAAGAGAAAAACUUUCUAAUAAAUGCAGAAAGUUGUUUUGCUCCUUUUGUUGUUCAGACCUGCAGUCAACAGAUUUUUAACCAGAAAACAGAUCAAACAUAAAACUUGACUUCAAUCAAAUGUCUGACGUGUCAGAUCAGUCCGAUCAGCUGCAGCGUCCAAUCAGUAACGGAUAUCUAACGAGGGGGCGUGUCGGCCAGUAAGAGACUUCCUGUGAAGGGUCCGCUCGUGCGUCCUCGGAGCACAAAUAGGAUCUUUGGGACGCUCUGACAGAGGGUGGCGCAGAACAACUUCUGUUCAAGCGACAAAUCAGAGAACAGAGCCGCAGUCGGUGUCCAAUCCAAACCACCGUCACACACAGGUAACCAGGAGCGGGGCUGGAACGACCCCCCUCAGUUCUCAUACGGCCUCCAGAUGGCCCGCGGACCGCACAGGAACCUCCUGAACAAGAGAGCAGCUCCAGCAGCAGCUUCAGAUGCAGGAGCCCCGCCCAUGGCUCCUCCCUCAUGCAGUCCUCUGGCCCCACCUCCAUGUGGUCUGGCCCCGCCCCCUCUGCACCCAGCUCGUCCUCCAGGAGGCAGCGUGGCCACGCCCCCUCCGCCCCUGGGACCAGUGAGAAGUCAGAAAGAGGCCGACAGCAGCCAAUCAGAGAGUGAGCCUGAUGUGGAGGGCGUGCUGUUGGUGUUGAACCGAGCGCUCGCUGCCUGCAGACAGACUGUCAGAGAUCAGGUGUGUAACGACGUGGCAAAGAGGCUCCGCCUCCUGGAGGACAGCUGGAGGUCGGGCAGACUGAGCCUGCCGGUCAGGAGACGCAUGGACGCCCUAUCUCUGGAGUUACAGGCUGGCCGCUGGGACUCAGCUGAUGAGAUCCACCGCUCGCUGAUGGUCGAUCAUGUGACCGAAGUCAGCCAAUGGAUGGUCGGCGUCAAACGACUCAUUGCUGAGACCCGAAAACUGAGUCCAGAGCUAUUAGAACCACUUCAGAAACCAGCAGAACCAGUCCAGGGCCCAGCAGGACCAGUCCAGGGCCCUGCAGGACCAGUCCAGGGCCCUGCAGAACCAGUCCAGGGCCCAGCAGAACCAGUCCAGGGCCCUGCAGAACCAGUCCAGGACGCAGUCUCCCAGUCCUGACUCUGUUAAUCCUUCAGUUUCUUUGUGCUGUCUGCAGACUUUGAUUCUUUUAACCAAAACCAGGAGGUGAGAUCCCCAGGAGCAGGUAGGGGGUCAGUGGUUUGAACCUAAACAGGGAUUAACACGUCCUUCAGUUCUGGUCCGGACUGUCUGGUCCCUGGACUGUAGACUUUGGUAUUACGUUAUAAGUCCUUAGACCAUGAAGCACAUGUUGAAUCAUUCAGACUUCACUUCCUGACGACAUCAUGAUCAAGAAUCAGAACCAAGUCCAGAAAUCAGCUCAGAGACCAGAGAGACGCUGCAGAACUAACGGGAGCUGCUGAUUCGGGUCCUUUUAAUGGGGCCAGUUUCACUAAAUCCUAAUCUGUUAAAACCAUGUCUGGUGUCUUGAUUUUGUCUUGGGGUUGCUGCUCAGUGUCAGACUUUGAAAUCCCCCACUCUGGUCUCUAGAAUCUGAAUUCUGGACACCCUGGACCCUAUAUUGUAGACUGUAGACUUGGUUUCUGGACUCUAGCCUUUGAACUCUCUUCAGACUCUCUGGACUCCCCUCCAGCUGCUCAGCAACACCCUUGUCACUACCCAGAACAUCCUAGAAACCAGCGCUGACCCCUCUUAUCUCUGGCCUGUUUCUGGACUCUAACGAUCUACAUGUGAUUUUUCCACCAAUCACAGCAGAGCUCUAUGCAUUAACGGUAAACCUCCGUUUAUAGGCGGAGACUGAAACAAAUAAAUGUGGGAAUAAAUCUCUUGUCUCCUUUC